UAGCAUUCAGCCCUCAGCAAAGCCAGUAACUGGCUAGCAUGUCAUUCGUAUUCCCUAGUAUGAUUUAAUGCAUUGUCAUUUUAUUUCUUGUGAUUUCAGAACCUCAUUUUCAUCUUCUGCCAGAGCCAGUAGCAGCUGGGAAAGAAGACUGUGCUCUUUGAAGACCCCUGCAGGUGCCAGCCAGCCUUAAAGAGCAGAAUGGACCUUGACGUGGUGAACAUGUUUGUGAUCGCAGGCGGGACGCUGGCCAUCCCAAUCCUGGCAUUUGUAGCCUCGUUUCUCCUGUGGCCUUCAGCACUGAUCAAGAUCUAUUAUUGUUUUUUCCAAAAUCUAAGACAGCUCUGGGCUGAUACUAGAAGUUCCCAAUGUAAAAUGGGGCUUGGUAUGAAGGUAGAUGCAUUGCCAAGCUGUUUUGGUAUGAAUCCCACAGGCCUGCAAUACCCAAGGGAUACUCAGUUCAUGCAACGGCUCAGAGAACUGAAGGACUCUGCCGCCGUAGAGAAGAUUCCCUUGAUCCCAUCCACCCCAGAAGAGAUGAGUGAAAUGCUCCAGCUUUGCUCCUAUGUCCGCUUCAAGGUGCCCCAGCAGGGCCCUAAAAACCAUCGCUGCCAGGUCUCAGUAGGAGUCUGUCCACCAAGUGCACACAGGCAUCUGAACCUUUUCCAUCUAGUUUCCUCUCUUGUCCUGCAGGUGCUCGAUGUGUCUGGGGCAGACGUGUUGGCCAAGUCCAUCGCCAACUGCCAGGUAGAACUUCUGGAAAACUGUGGGCACUCGGUGGUAAUGGAGAGACCCAGGAAGGCAGCCAAGCUCAUUGUCGACUUUUUAGCUUCUGUACACAACACAGACAGCAAGAAGCUGGACUGAAACCCUGACUGCAGCCUGCACUCUGCACACAGCAUCCACUCCCAUCUCCAAAAUCGGAUGCUGACACCACUUCUCAGGGAUCCUGCCCCAAAAGCGGCCAGAGCCCAGCGUCCCUGAGGAAGCCAGUCCCCUACCCCGAGUCAGACCCACAGAGCUUUGAGGGCCUCAAAGAAAUCUCCAAGAUGUUUUUCACAAAAUGGAAACUCAUGUGGAACAAACUAAGAAAACCCAGCCUUGAAAUCUACUGAGAAGUCUUCAAGUUCAUGUUGCAAAGCGGCCACCUCGAAAACCAUAAUCACCGAGGACAUCAUUUUCUUUAAAACAUUCCCCACAGACUGAGAUUCUAGGUACUUCUGUUGCUUCAGACGUUCUCCCUGCAUGGUUAGUGGCUGUUUUAGGAGCAUUAGUUCCCAUUCAUGGAGCCCCUCUUGUUUAUGUCUUGUUUAAGUUUUACAUAAAACUCAUAUGUGAAUGCAGUCUGUCAGCUGCAAGACCAGGGAGGAAAAUGGCAGGCUGUAGAAAAUAUUUACACACACAGAGGGGCACUGUUCUGCCUCAGCCAGCCAUCAGAGUGGCAGAGAACAUAGUUGCGUGGUUUGAUCAGCCCCCACGUGUCAGGUGUGCCAUGAGUGGACUCAGACCGUCAUAGUGCAAAGAACACCUCGCAGGGAGGGUUUCCUGGAAAUCAUUUAUUACUUUUAAAAAUAGGACUAAUGAAGCAAUAAUGUUCUAGACAUCAUCUAAAUGAUCAGACUCGGAUUCUAAAUAAUCAGACACACAAGCACCUCGUGGGCCUCUUUUCUAUGUUGCUGUGCUACUGCAAAUCCUUGGAUGUAAAAUACGUUUGUUAAUGAAUUCUGUGAAUUCUGUGAACAGUAAUGUGAUUGAAAAUAACUCUAUAAACAAAUGUAAAAAUGACCACAGUGACAUGAAAUAAAUUUAAUAAAUCUAGAUUAGCAACAUG